GGGAACCGUCCCCGCUGCCGCAGCCCCGCGGCACCUGUCAGUCAGCAGCCUGCCGGGGCUCGGGCGCGCCGCUGCCUGCAGACGCCCCAGGGCCCGCCCGCGCGGGGCUGGAUGGCCCCGGGCGGCUGGUUUGCCUGCCUCUGCCCCGCAGUGCCUAGCCCGGGCAACUGACUGGGUUGCUGCUGGGAAAGACGUUCACGUUCCUCCUCCCACGGCAGCCGUCCGGAGCGGGGCGGGCAGAGGAUGGGCCCCGCGGUUGCUGUUCGGCAGCUGCUCUGUUUAUUUUGGAAUAAGGGCAUCAGUUGCCAGCAAGUGUCACAGGAGAGCUUGCUGCAUGUAUGAACCAGGAAGAAUAAGAGCUGCUUCAGAGAGAGGAUCCCAGCCACGCUCUUGCUGCUCUGAAGUGUGGGAGGGAGAGAGACACACAGGAAGAGAGAGAGAUAAAAAUCCCAGGCCUUGGGGAGAUGAGAAGCAGAAGCAACUCUGGAGUCCGCUUGGAUGGCUAUGCCCGACUGGUUCAACAGACCAUUUUAUUUCAUCAGAAUCCAGUUACUGGACUGCUUUCGGCCAGCACGGAGCAAAAGGAUGCUUGGGUCCGGGAUAAUGUCUACAGCAUUCUGGCUGUGUGGGGUCUGGGAAUGGCUUAUCGGAAGAAUGCAGACCGGGAUGAGGAUAAGGCAAAAGCCUAUGAACUUGAGCAGAAUGUUGUGAAACUGAUGCGGGGACUUUUGCAAUGUAUGAUGAGACAGGUGGAUAAAGUAGAGAAGUUCAAAUACACACAGACUACCAAGGACUGCUUGCAUGCCAAGUAUAACUCAGCCACUUGUUCCACAGUAGUAGGGGAUGACCAGUGGGGACAUCUACAAGUAGAUGCAACUUCCCUUUUCCUGCUCUUCCUGGCACAGAUGACUGCAUCAGGAUUGCAUAUUGUAUUCACCCUUGAUGAAGUUGCCUUUAUACAGAAUCUUGUUUUUUACAUAGAAGCUGCCUAUAAAGUCGCUGACUAUGGAAUAUGGGAACGUGGUGAUAAAACCAAUCAGGGCAUCCCUGAACUGAAUGCAAGCUCUGUAGGCAUGGCCAAGGCUGCACUGGAAGCAAUUGAUGAACUAGACCUUUUUGGAGCCCAUGGGGGGAGCAAGUCCGUGAUUCACGUCCUUCCUGAUGAAGUUGAACAUUGCCAGUCUAUUCUAUACUCCAUGUUGCCAAGGGCAUCCACGUCAAAGGAGAUUGAUGCUGGACUGUUGUCCAUUAUUUCUUACCCAGCUUUUGCAGUGGAGGAUGUGAACAUUGUUAAUGCAACCAAAAGUGAAAUCCUCACCAAAUUGCAAGGGCGUUAUGGCUGCUCUCGCUUCCUUCGAGAUGGAUACAAAACACCAAGAGAGGAUCCAAACAGGUUACACUAUGAUCCUGCUGAGCUCAAACUGUUCGAGAAUAUAGAGUGUGAGUGGCCAGUAUUCUGGACCUACUUCCUAAUUGAUGGAGUGUUCAAUGGGGACAAAAUUCAGGUUCAAGAGUACAGAGAGGCCCUGGAGGGAAUAAUUAUUAGAGAAAAGAAUGGAAUUCUUCUGAUGCCAGAGUUGUAUGCUGUCCCUCCAGACAAGGUGGAUGAGGAGUAUGAAAAUCCUCACUCAGUGGAUCGUGUCCCAGGUGGAAAGUUGCCUCAUCUGUGGGGCCAGUCUUUAUACAUCCUCAGUUCCCUAUUAGCAGAGGGGUUUCUAGCUCCUGGAGAAAUUGAUCCCUUAAAUAGGAGAUUUUCAACUGCUUUUAAACCUGAUGUGGUGGUGCAAAUAACUGUCUUGGCAGAAUCAAAUGAAAUUAAGGAACUCUUGAGACACCAUGGAAUCAGUGUUCAGAGCAUUGCAGACAUCUAUCCAAUCCGAGUGCAGCCGGCACGUAUCCUGAGUCACCUUUAUGCCAAGCUUGGCCGAAACAAGAACAUGAACCUGAGUGGCCGGCCUUACCGACAUAUUGGUGUGCUUGGAACAUCCAAACUGUACAUGAUACGGAAUCAAAUAUUUACUUUUACCCCUCAGUUUACUGAUCAGCACCACUUCUACCUGGCUCUAGACAAUCGGAUGAUUGUGGAGAUGCUCAAAACAGAGCUGGCUUACCUCACCUCUUGCUGGAGGAUGACUGGAAGACCAACCCUCACUUUUCCCAUCACCCACACCAUGCUCAUUGAUGAUGGCUCUGACAUUGAUCCAGUAGUGCUUGCAACCAUAAGAAAAUUAGAGGAUGGGUAUUUUGGAGGGGCAAGGGUAAAGCUAGGCAAACUGUCAGAUUUUCUUACCACCUCGUUCUACACACAUCUGAGCUUCCUAGAUCCAGACUGUGACGGAAAGCUAUUUGAUGAUUCUAAUGAUGGCUGUGAUAGUCCUGAAAGUGGAUAUGAAUUAGAAGGCUAUCCAGAUGAUUUCUGUGACAAAGAAAGCCAAGAUGAGCUGGACCAGUAUAUAAACGAUAUGCUGCAAAGCACAGCGCUUAAGUGCUACCUGCCUCCAACUUCAAAGAAUGCUAAUCAACCUCAUGUGUUCAGUGCUGUUCACUCCAUGCGAGAGAUACUGUUAAUAAUGGCCAAGGCAAAGGGUUUGGAUGUUCCAUGUGUUUCUAUGUCUCUGCCAACUAAAGUUUUGAACACUCACCGGAAAUCUCUGAAUCUCGUUGAUUCUCCACAUCCUCUUGAAGUGAAGGAUCCUGAAGCUGUUUUGCACUUGCCCAAAGAUGAUCAUGGUGAAUUGGAUUGUGAGAAGUUAGUUGAACAGCUGAAGGAGUGUCCAACUCUACAUGAUCAAGCAGAUAUAUUAUAUGUCUUGUAUAUAAUAAAAGGCCCAGAUUGGGAUACAGAGCUGAAUGGACAGUAUGGAGUCACCGUUCAUUGUCUGCUCAAUGAGCUCUACAGCAAGGCAGGCCUGAACCAAGAGUGGGGGUUAAUUCGGUACAUCUCUGGCAUACUCAAAAAGAGAGUGGAAGUUCUGGCUGAGGCAUGCACAGACCUUCUGUCACACCACAAGCAGCUUACAGUGGGCCUGCCACCUGAGCCACGUGAAAAAACUAUUACCGCCCCUCUGCCACCUGAAGAGUUGUCAGCACUUAUUUAUGAAGCCAGUGGACAAGACAUCAGUAUUGCAGUCCUUACCCAGGAGAUGGUGGUGUAUUUGGCGAUGUACGUCAGGUCACAGCCCAGCCUUUUUGCAGAGAUGCUCAGACUCCGCAUUGGACUAAUAAUUCAGGUGAUGGCUACUGAGCUGGUUCGCAGUUUGAACUGUUCAGGUGAAGAAGCCUCAGAAAGCUUAAUGAAUCUAAGCCCCUUUGAUAUGAAAAAUCUCCUGCACCAUAUUUUGAGUGGGAAAGAGUUUGGCGUUGAAAGAAGCAUGCGGCCUCUAGAUUCCUCUGCCUCCAGCCCAGCAAUUUCUAUUCAUGAAGUGGGGCACACUGGAGCAACUAAAACAGAAAGAAGUGGCAUUACUAGACUGAAGAGUGAAAUGAAACAGAUGAAUAGGAGGUCAUCUGCUGAUGAAAAGUUCUUUUAUGGGGGCCAUUCCAUGUCCAGCAGCAUGCACGCUUCCAGGUUCAUGAGGGGCAGUACUCCAUCAUCUCCCACUAGGACUUCAUCCCCUAUAGGGUCUACUGGAAACAACAUCAGCUGGGGUGAUCGCCAAGGGCAAUGGCUCCGCAGAAGAAGGCUCGAUGGUGCCAUUAACAGAGUUCCUGUAGGAUUCUAUCAAAAAGUAUGGAAAAUCCUUCAGAAGUGCCAUGGCCUGUCCAUUGAUGGCUACGUCCUUCCUUCUUCAACUACAAGAGAGAUGACCCCUUGUGAAAUCAAGUUUGCUGUGCAUGUGGAGUCAGUGCUGAACCAUGUACCUCAACCUGAAUACAGACAGCUGCUGGUGGAAGCUAUUCUUGUUCUCACACUGCUGUCGGACAUAGAGGUGACCAGCAUCGGGGGCAUAAUCCAUGUGGACAGAAUAGUGCAUGUGGCUAAUGAUCUGUUUCUUCAGGAACAGAAAUCACUUGGAGCAAAUGAUGACUUCUUGGAGCGAGACUUCGCCACAGGAAUUUGCCACUUUUUCUAUGACAGCGCUCCAAGUGGGGCAUAUGGAACUAUGACAUACUUAACGAAAGCUGUAGCCACCUAUUUACAGGAUUUCCUGCCUAGCACAGGCUGCCUGAUGCAAUAGGCUAUGCCUCUUGAUGAAAAGCAAAAGUAAAGAUUCAGAAGCUCUUUUUCCCCCUCUCCUCUCUCUUCCCUCUUCACUUACUGAACAUAUGUCUUUGACUCCACGGGAUUUAAACGCCACUCAUCAUGUGUGAGCACCAAUCUGUAGGGACAGCUGAACAAUGAAGAUGGAAUUUGGCCUAAUUCCAGAACCAUGUGAAACAUGUACAAUGAGUGAUGCCUAUUCUGCCCUAAGUGCAAUGUGCAAUUUAAAGUAAAUUAAGUAAGAAUUAUGCACUUAUGCCAAGAGGAAAAUAAUUAGUGUAGAGAUCAAAAAAUAUAAAUAGGGAGAUGCUCCUCUGGCAUAAAUUUCCCAACUAAGGAGAGUGGAUUUUUUCUGUAUAUUUGAAUUAAUUAACUCUCUCUUAAGCAUGGCUUCUGUAUGUUGAUGUUGUGAAUAGUUAAAGCACAGUUUAGGGUUCUCUUUCUCCGAUUUAUUCAGUUUCCAUGUGAUACCCAGGCACUAUUUUCAAUACACGUUGAGCUGGAUUCUGAUCUCAAUUACACCAGGGUGAUGCAGGAGUAACUCCAGUGAAGUCAAGCAUGAGAUCAGAAUUAUGACUGUCAUAAAUCGGUAGCCUCUCUCUGAUGACAUAGCAUCUGCCUUGAGAAAGCUACAUCGUUUGGACCAAUGCAGCUUUGGAGAAGCUGAUCUCUGACUUCCUCUUUUAAAGACAGUUUUAUGCUUAUAAUCGUUUUGGGUAGAUGAAUAAACAGCUGCCUGUAGAUCCAAAAGAUAUGUUUCCUUCGCUCAAGCACGCUUUCUAAAUCUUAAUAUCUUGUCCACUGUAAAUGGCCUAGAAGAUGAGAUACUUGAGCGUCGCCCUUCCAGAAUACCAUCUGUACUUACUAGAGGAAGAGUUGAUGUGUGUUUCGUGUCCUUUGAUUAGACAGAUGCUCCUUCAUCAGAUGUAACUAGAACCAUUAGUGGUGUUCUCGCUAAUAGAAAAAUCUCUCUUUAAACAGCACCAGGAUAAUACUUAGUACUCUUUAAUAUGUAGGCUGUUGUUGUAUUUGUUUAUAUUAAAUAUACAGAGCCACAGUGCUCCCUCCUGUGGCUUAACCCAGGUGAGCUCAAGGUGGAGGAAGACAAUGAUUUCCCCUUGUUGACUUCCACUGAGGGGUGAGGCUUGCUCCUGUGAAAUGGGCUGAAUGAGUAUCCACUGGUUCUUAGCUAGAGCCCUGUUAAAGAGAGGUACAAUAGCACAGGCAUUUGUUGGUGUAAUUACUGGCCAGUGCACAAGAAAGGGUUGGAGUAGAUUCCAAGUGGCAGAUUAGUAAAAGGGUAAGUAGAAAUGGUACCAUCCAGUCUCUCAUUUUUACUUCUUAUAAGUGACCUUGAGUGGGAUCUUUCCUUAAGCACCAACACCCCGACGAAGAAAAAUGGUCCUAGUGUUGUUAGAACUUUUGAACAGCACUCAUUGGAGUCUUUCUACAGGGAAAUAGUUUUUCCAUCUCAUACAUUUUUAAAUGUUUUCCUAAUUUCAAAAUGUGUUGUCAGAGGAAAAAUAAUAUCAUCUGCCCAAUCCACAUGAUCUCAACCAAGCCAGGUGGCAGGAGUCAAAUUCACCCCCCAAACCUGGGUAUCUUGUAAGAUACUACAGUGCACUGCUCCCACAGCAAUGCACAUCCAGACAGUAUUUGGUGCAGGCUGGAGAGAUGAGUGCCAUAGAGUUGUCCCUUACAAUGUCUUAGGCUUAGAAAUUUCCCAAAGAGCAAGAAGAUACACAGCCUUUCUGGAUAGAAUGUACCUGGGGGGAGGAGGCAGGUGCAUGUGUGCAUAUUACCCAGGCAAAGAGUUGUUAAUGGUGUAAGGAGCAGGGAUGAGUAGCUCAAAUGCAGUUGGAAGUCAGUAUCUUGUAGAUGCCUAUUUGUACUUUUGUUUAAUGAUAGCUCAGUUUUUAUACAUGUGCUGAGAGAUUGAUUUAGCUCAUUUUCCAAGUAAAUGAAAAUAAAAUUUUCUCCAGUUUAAACAGGGCAAGCCAUACAUUGAAAAGUAAUUUAUGCUGUGUAUGCAUGUUCAUAGGUGAGGGACUUAUAUAAACUCUUAUUUUAUUAGGUUCCUUAUAAAGCUUCGGUAAUGUCAUUCAUGCAGAGCAUGGUUUUCAUGCAGAGCCCUUUGAUUGAUUGAGAUGCAAGAAGGUUCUCUCUCAAAUCUGUUUUAAUGUGCUUUUUUUAAUUCAGUCUGAGACAUUAACUGUUUAAAAUUUGUAGAACAAGAGAAGACUGCUAAAAUCUGACAUUUGUAUGCUGCUAAAUAGAGGUUUAAAAUAGAUUAGGGCCCAUAGCAAAAUUCCACCAUUUACAAAUUUAAAUUUGUGUGUGCAUGUAACUUUAAAAAAAAAAAAGUUACCAUUCAUAAUAUGAACUAGCUUGGUAUACAUGGUUUAGAAAUACUGGGUUUUAGUCUGUCUAAAAGUGAUACUAACACAAUCAGUGAAGAGAAGUCAUAGGAAAAAUACUUUUAUGUAAUUUAGAAGUCUGGGACAGUUCAGUACAAAAGGAUGAGAAACAGUACAGUAAACUUUGAAUUGCAGUGUGAACGGACCAAUCACCCAUUUAUACUUCUAGAUUGACUCACUCAUCUGUUGCCUUAUCUCCUGAACUUCUGUUUUUAAAGGAAUACAUUAAAAUCUGUACCAUUCAUUGGUGGAAUCAUUGUUCCUGAAACAGGGAAAACUUAAUUGGGUCAUGAAGGUGUCUUGUAGCAACCUCUCUGGAGAGGAUUCAGAUGUGUUAGGGAGUUUAUGAAUCAACCAUUAUUGAUUCCAGUGUGUGUUUCCAGCUAGACAAAAUCUUUUUCAGUUUAUUUAGGGUAAGCUCAUUACCAAAGACUUGAUUUGGUUGUCAGGCAUCCCAGAGGAGUGAAAAAUGAAUGACAUGUCCAACUUCUAACUCUGGGACCUAAUUUAUGGAAAAUAAAUAAGACAAGGGUAAACAGACACCUUAUGUGUCUUGGAAAUUGGGGCAUUAAUGGAAUGGAAAUAGAACCAACUGAGACCCACUGUUUUAGUUUGACAGGCAGUGCUGUUGCAUCAGCAGACUGCAGCUGUCAUGAAGGAAACACCUACACUACUUCCUUGAAAUAUCAGACAUGUCUGAAAACAGAAAAUUGGUCUGAGAUGGUGCAGGGACCAGAAUAAUAAAAUGGUACUUAUACACAGUGGAUACUGUAUAGGGGUGGUAAGUCCAACUUUUUUAUGAAGUAGUAUUAGGGUUGUCUCCAUUCAUUGAAUCAAUGCUCUUUUCUCCCCUCUCCCAAUUGUAUCAGAUACUUAACUGUUUAACAUUGUUGUUAGAAUUUUGUUAAGCUUUUACAGUUUAAUCAUUAGUUCUGACAUGUUGCCUAAAUGUAGCACUCUUCGCUUUCACUGUGUGUAAUCAGUCCUCAGACAGCCUUACAAAACAGUGAGGAAAACUUAAUAGGCCAGGCACAAAAAUCUGUUCAUAUUAGUUAUGGGUUACUUGCUCAUCAAAUUUUUUAAAAAAGCAUGUUCCAGGGAAGUAGAAUUUGGCAAAGUUGUUCACAACACCCUUGAAGGUAAAUAUUAUUCAUACUUUACAGAGGGGGAAACUGAAAUAGAGCAAUUAAGUGACUUGUCUAAAGCAACCACAUAGGCUAUCUUGGCAUUGACAUAGCUUUUCCGAAGGAUAAGUGGAUGUGCAUCAUCAUGAAGUUUACCUUGGCUAUUAGUUACAAAGGAAUCCAUGACAGAAGGCACUUUACAGCAUAAAUGGAGAAACAAAUCAAGAACUGAGUAUAAACUCUCAUUUCAUUAAUGCCCUACUUCCCCCAACAGGGCCAAGCCUAAUUUGGGGCCUCAUCCACUGCCCAUUGAAGUCAGUGGAAAGACUUCCAUUGACUUCACUAGGCUGCUAGCUGAGCACUCUUGAAAAAUCUGGCUAUUAGUGUACAUAGAGCGCUCAAUAGCCUAUUCCUAAGAGGCAGUCUGUUCCCCUGUUAUGGAAACAUUGGUGCAGUUUAAAUACAGCAGAAAUCUCCACUGGAUAUUCCCAGCCACAUAUCUGUGAUCACUGAGUGGUAAGCCAACAGUGCUGGGUUUACCACCAGUCUCAUAAAAAUGUGGCUAGAGGUAGCGUACACAUCUGUCACUAACAACAACUUUUACAUACAUCUAGUACUUUUAACAAAUGCUCUGAGAGGUUACAGUAAUGGAUCUCUUAAUAUGUGGAUACUAAGAACGGCCAUACUGGAUCAGACCAAAGGUCCAUCUAGCCUAGUAUCCUGUCUUCCAACAGUGGCCAAGGCCAGGUGCCCCCGUGUGAAUGAACAGAACAGGUAAUCGUCAAGUGAUCCAUUCCCUGUUGCUCAUAAUGCACAAUAUAGAUGGGAUAUGUGUUUUCUGAUGAUGUUAUUCAGAAUGCCCCAGCAGGUCCUCCCCGCAACACCCGCUCAGAGUUGUGUCAUAGGCUUACUUCUAAAAAGUGUGUGUUCUUAAGAGAGGACUCCUCCAAAAGAGAUUAUAAAAAAUAUAUUGUAAAAGUAGAUCUUAAAUACGUCUUUCCUACAGGUGCAGCUUUCUCUCCCAGCACUGGAGGAAGGUGUGGCCAGCAUGUGACCAAUAUCAUUAAUACAGCAUAUACUGUAGGAGUGUAGGUCAAUAUUGAGAGCAAAAGAAUGCAUGCUAGCCAGCCAUUGUGGCUCAUAGCCUCGUGUGUAUGUAUGUCCACACUAUGAUCAUCAGUACUUUUUUUAAAAUGAGAAUGCAGUGCUUCUCUUUGCACCAGCCAUAUUCAUAUGAACUAUUUUAAGUGUAAAGUUAGACAGUAAUGCACCAUGAUUUUCCAGAUGUAAACAGACUUUAGAAAUGGUGGCUCAGCAGAGGAUGUUACUACAUUUUGGGAUUAAUUUAAAAAGCUUUAAAGGUGGUUAUCUUCUUCUGCUCACCAAUAAACUCUGCUUUGAGUGAGUUAUUCUUCAGUAAAAUUAA